AUCGCGGUGACGUCAUUUAUGGACGGCCCCCUAAACAUCGCAGCGGGUCAAAUCGCCGCGGACUCCUCCUAAUCCACGGCCCUCAACGAGGGCGCCCCGCUCGAUCGUCGGCCCUCCUGCCAGAAUGCGGCAUUCAGUUAAGCGAAUUAAAAAGGGUGUCAUUGUUAAAACAAUAACAACGACAACGACGACAUUCACGCGCUUAAACAACAACGACAACAACAACAGUAUCGACAUCAUCGCCAUUCACCGGCGCUAACGACUCCCACGGGAGGAUGGCGUGCGUAGUGGCCGCCCCAGUGCUGGAAUCAAGUGGGGACUUCCCAGCGUGGUUGGAGGCGCAGGGCGUGAACGCGGAGGUGGCCCGGGCCAUGGACUCCGAGCUGGGAAUCCGGGACUACGGGGUCCUGCGCGCCUGCGUCGGGGACGGCCUCGUGCGGGCCGAGCUGCUGGCCACGGCGCGCGACCGCCUGCCCUUCGGCUUCUAUGCCACGCUGCGGCAGGUGGUGAAGGCCCUGCAGGGCGCCGAGCCCCAUGACAAGACUCCGCGCUGGGAUGCUGCCGCCACUGCCAUCUCUUCUGAUGAUGUGACGCUGAGAGACCUGGUGGACGUGCUGCUCGCACUGUUCAAUGGUUUGGGCCGGGAGUUGUUGGUUUGUGCGCAGAGGCUGGGUGCUGUGGAUGGUGGGAAUAUUACGGCGACCUCCCAUUCGACUACGGAUGAUGCCAGUCCCAACGACCUGAUGGAUGACAUGAAUCACCAUGUGGAAUAUGAAGAGGCGGAGGAGACCUCAACUCGCGUUGUGGAGGAUUCCAGCACGAACCUAGCAAUGCAGCAGAUAAAAACAGAGCCGUUUGGAGACAAGGCGGAACAGACCCCAGCCCACACGUUGGACAACUCAAGUCCCGAUCAGACCAUUGACAGAAUCAAGACAGAAACACGUAGAGAUGAACGUCCCGUCGAAGCACGUCCGGGCAACUUCGCCGAAGGCGUGAACUCUGUGCGUGAUGACACCACCGAUGUCGCGACGACAUCUGUGGGCGCCGUCGCCAGAAGCCACUCUCCGGGACCGGCAGCAGUAGUGCCGUUGCACGCCGAGCAGCCAUCGGCGAUCAGGCCCGGCGAUCGGGAGGCGAGCUGCUGCAGGCUGUGCGGGCUUACCUUCGCACGGCCGUGCGGCCUGACACGGCACCAGUGCCCCCACGAGAGGCCGCAUCGCUGUGACGUUUGCGAGCUGCGCUUCUCGCAGCACGCCCACCUCGAGAGCCACAGGCGCACGCACACGGGCGACAAGCCAUUUGGCUGCGACGCCUGCGGCAAGCGUUUUUCGCACAGCACCAAUCUGAAGAUCCACAAGAGGACGCACACGGGCGAGAGGCCCUACAUAUGCAAUGUGUGCGGGCAGAGUUUCACGAAGAGCAGCACCCUCAAGAACCACCUGCACACGCACACUGGCGAGAAGCCCUAUGCCUGCGCCGUGUGCAAAAAGGCGUUCUCGCAGAGCGCCACGCUCAAGACGCACAUGCACACGCACACGGGCGAGAAGCCGUUCCGCUGCGAGAUCUGCAACCGGGGCUUCACGCAGAAUGCCACACUCAAGACGCACCUACACGUGCACACGGGCGAGAAGCCGUUCCGGUGCAAGAUCUGCAACCGGGGUUUCACGCAAAGCUCCAAGCUGAAGGUUCACCUGCGCCUGCACACGGGCGAGAAGCCCUACCGAUGCAAGAUCUGCAACCAGGCCUUCACGCAGAGCUUCAACCUGAAGAUCCACCUGCACACGCACACGGGAGAGAAGCCAUAUCGCUGCAGCGUGUGCGACAAAGCUUUCUCGCAGAGCUCUACGCUGAAGACUCACCUGCGCCGGCAUGCGGGAAAGAGCCCCUACCAGUGCGGCGUGUGCGACCGGGAGUUCUUGCUCAAGGCCCACCUGAGUGCCCACCAGCAGAGUGCGCAUGCGCGCGAGGGGGAAGUCCUGACGGUGCAGCCGAUGUGACGGCACCCAGUGACGGACGGGCAUGCCGUUUGUGGCUGCACGUGGUAGAAGGGGGAUCUUCGUGUUGUGCUCCCACCAGCAUUCCUUGGCCGUCGUCUCCCUACGCCAGACUAUUGACUGGUCCCUGAACAGAUCUCGCCUUGACGGGCAUCGUUAAUCAAACGAGAAUCAAGGGUUUAGCUCGAGCGAUGUGUUUUCGGAUUGUAUCGACAGGAGCUCUUCAGGUCAGUUCCUGAGAAAUUUCCCAUCGUAAGUAGAGGACUACCUGUAUUUAAGAGUGGGUUAGUGCUUCGAGGGUUGUUCACCAUGCAAAACUGCAGAGUCACGUUGUCUUCAGCAGAGGGCGCUACAGAAUAAGUAAUAUUUAAAAAAAAACUUUUUAAAAACACGCUUUAAUGAAAUGUACCGUACUAGUAAUGGAAGAAAUCCACGACUCCAAGAAGUGGCCCCGAAGUUUGCCAUAACGUAAGGAGACUGUGGUGAUUUACAGCCAACGUCAGUUUCGCGUGGAUAAUUAGACCCAACCGAAACAUAACAUCUAAAAAAUAAUGUUUAGAAAUGUUUUUACAUUUUUUUAAUGAUAGAAUAUAGUAUUGUCAGCAGUAUGACAUAAGUAUACCAAGUUUGCGGUCGAUACCACAUUGGGAAGUGGGUUAAAAUUGAGUUACAAGAUUUGAGGAUACACCGACAACAACACACAGUUAAAUUAAAAAGCGUGUAAUAAUAAUACAAAUGCACUCUGCUCCCUCGUAUACUGUAUGCGCCUCGCCUUCACCAAAAGCAAAUUCACCAGUAUGGUCAAGUAUCGUGGAAAACCCCCCCAUAGCCCACACGGCACAGAGUGGCCCUCAUCCAGCAGUGGAUUGACAAAAGGGCUGGAUAGGUAACGGGGACAAUCUGUCCAUCGGACAAUCUGGGAUCACAAAUUGGUGCUUAUUUGAUUAACCUUUCAACUCUUUGGAGGGAAUGGUGGUUUGAGCUGAUUCAAAUUGUGAUUUUAACUCACGAUUUUCCGAUUGCCAAUCAUGCGCAUUAACCACAGCACUUCCUCGCUCGGUAAAUGUGGAAUAUUUAACUUACAAAUACAAAAAUCAGUGUUACAAUGUAUUGUAUCUGUACCCAUGUAUUAAAUCCGGGCAUGCUUGCUAAAUUUUAUUAUUUUUAUUUUGGGGCCGUCCAUAAAUGACGUCACGCGAUUUUUGACGAUUUUUGACCCCCCCCCCCCAUCGUCACACGGCGUCG